CUCAUUUUAUGACGUGCUGCAGUCCCAUUUCCUUACUGCCGGAAAUGAGGAGUAGAAUAUUCGACAAGUAAACAUAUUUCAAACUCACCUUUUAUACCUGGAAUCGACAACCACCAUGAGCAACCCCAGUCUCGUCGCAUGGGGCGUUCCCCGACUGGCGGAACUUCUUCCGCUGGACGAGGAAUCGCUCACCCAGAUCAUCGACUACGCCGCCAGCCUCUCCAAGGAAGAAGGAGCCGACCACCUCAAGAACCUCCUAGGCGACUCGCCGGCUGCAAUCGAGUUCAUCGCUGCCUUCAGCUCGCGUCGAUCCGCCGCAUCCUCCUCAGCCCCCGCCCCAGCACCAACAGCAGCAGCAGCAGCAGCGCCCGCGAGCGGACCCUCCACACCAGCCCGAAAUUCCAGCGGCAAUACAGGCCGCAAAGGCAAGAAGUCCAAGCCGCCGCUGCACAGCGCAGGCCCGGUCCGUCGACCGGACAACUUUGGCGAUGUGACAGGCGGAUACAGGAAAGAGGAUCAGAACGAGGAUUACAUGCCUGUAUCGUCGGGGCGGGGCUGGCAGGAUACUUCGGGACUCAAGGCUUCUGCCGGAGGAGGCUCCUCGCUACAAAACCUGCGUGUCACAUCUUCACAGGGAUCAUCCGCUACGUCGUCGCGCAACCAGUCGCCCGCUCCUUCACGGCCGACGACGGGUACGACCACCACUACCACUACUACUACCAAUCGAAUCCCACCCUCCGCCGCAGGCCCUGUCCUCUCGGAUCUCCUUCCCAACGUGAAGUCGAAAGCAGCCAAGUCCUCCUCUUCGCGCGGUGGCGGGGGUAGCUCCUCCGCCUCUGGAUCGGGCAAGGGCGGCGGCGGCGCACUGACUACGACGAACAUUACGGAUCUGACGGCGGCGAUUGCGGCGCUAGAGGUGUCUACGAACCCGACGCUAGGCACGGGCGCUCGGAAAUGCCCCUGCUACGCCAGCAUCCACCCGCUCUUCGACCCGGCGCCGAACUGCUUGAAUUGCGGAAAGAUCAUCUGUGCGCUGGAGGGCCUGCAGCCGUGCUCGUUCUGCGGGACGCCGCUCCUAUCGGACGAAGAGGUGCAGAGUAUGAUUCGGGAGUUACGGGCGGAGCGAGGACAGGAGAAGAUGCGCGCGCACAAUGAGGGGUUUCACCGGGAUGGAGGACCAGGGAUGGGACCUGGUACCGCGAGUAGUGCUACUAACAACAAGAACAAUAAUAAACUGGAUGCCGCCCGCGCACACCGCGAUAAGCUGCUGCAAUUCCAGGCGCAGAACGCGAAGCGGACGCGCGUGGUGGACGAGGCGGCGGAUUUCGAGACCCCCAAUGUCGCGUCGACGUUGUGGAUGACGCCUGCGCAGCGGGCGCUGGCGCUCAAGAAACAGCAGCGAAUCAUGCGCGAGAUGGAGGAGAAGGCGCGGCCCGAGUGGGAGAAGAAGAAGACCGUCAUGAGUUUGGAUAUCAAGGGCGGGCGUGUCACGAGGGUCUAUCAGUCUGCUGCGGAGGCGGCCGGGCCUUCUUCUUCCUCUGCCUCUGCCUCAGGGUCGGCCGCGAAGGAGGAGAAUGAUGAUGAUGAGGUCAAGGCUGAGGAGCAGCUUCGAGACGGCGAGGGAGGUCGUGGUGGUGGCCACGCAUUCAGUAAUAAUCCUCUCCUUGCGUCUGGCGGGCUACUGCGGCCGGUGUGGAAGACCCCCGACGGUAAGCAGCCCGACACGCCGCGCAAGGAGCGCCAGCAAACCUGGCGGCGGGUGCAAGAUGACAACGAUGAUAACGAGCAAUGGAUUCUGGAUGGCGGCGUGCAUGGCUAUACGUGAAUUGGGGAAGGGGAUGUUCUAAUGCAGAGCGGAGAAUAUCUGGCGUCAUUGUGCAGCCACCACCCGUGACCCUUGGUUGGCUCUGAGUUAUUAACAACUCGUGUGAAUAUUGUAGUGCAAGGGGAAACCAUGACUAUGCACAAUGACCGUCUGGCAUGCAACAACCGACACAAUUCAUUUCGAGAGAGAGGCGCUCAAGUCAACCUUGAACUUACUCACACCCCCCGCAUCGGGUUCAACCUCAAAGUACGUACUCCGACUCGAGCCCGCCCAUGCGGCUGAAUACGAAUCGUGUUCGAAAUGAAGCACUAUAAGCCAACAUUCGCCUCAAUAAAUGCUCAUAGCUAGCCUGUUGUCCGAC